GUGUCCCGUUCUUGUCCCGGUGUUGUCCCGUUCCCGUCCCCUCAGCAGCGCUGCCGUUUCUCUGCUCCUUCGGCGGCGGGGGCUGAGCCGCGGCAGAGCCCGAUGAGGAGCGGGAGCCCGCCGGGCCCCGGGGAGCAGAGCGAGGCCCCCGGGGGGAGCCCGUUGGCGUGGGCGCCAGCUCGGGGCUGUCCCCAAGCUGCGGCGCUGGCGCUGGGGCGGCCAGGAGAGAGGGGGGCAAGCGGGGAGAGCCCCGCCGUGCUCGUGGCGCUGCCGGUGCCGGGCCAGGCAGCGCCCCCCAGUCCUGCCUGAGCCGGGUGUGCUUGUGGCUGCAGAUGGCGGUGACGUUCGAGGACGUGGCCCUCUACUUCUCCCCCGAGGAGUGGGCAGAGCUGGCGGGCUGGCAGCGGCGGCUCUACCGGGAGGUGAUGCUGGACAACUACGAGCUGGUGGCCUCGCUGGGCUGGGCCGCCGUCAAGCCCGAGAUCAUCUGCAAGCUGGAGCGAGAAGAGGCGCCGUGCGUGCCAGACCCCCCCGGGGUGCGGCGGGGGCAGCAGAGCCCUGGCCCAGCAGCUGAUGAUGUCCAGGCGCAGCAGGAGGCCGAGUCUGUCCAUGAGCAGAUUCCGGCCCCCGCUGCCCUGCUCCCGGGGGUGCACGAGCCGGGCAGGAGGCGGCAGGGGGGUUCAACCCGCAGUCGGGCAGGUGGGAGGAAGGGGCGCCUCUCAGGGCCCCCCCGUCGUCACCCCCUCCCAGCCCCCCGGCCACUGGAGAAGCCCCAGCCCACGUGCCCCAAGUGCAAGAAGAGCUUCAAGCACCGGGCAGCGCUGGCCGUGCACAUGCGGAGCCACAGGGGCGAGCGGCCCUUCAGCUGCACCGACUGCGGCAAGAGCUUCACUUCCAAGCAGGUUCUGCUGAGCCACCAGCGCAUCCACACAGGGGAGAAGCCCUUUGCCUGCAGCCACUGUGGCAAGAGCUUCAGGGAGAAGAACAACUUGAUCAUCCACCAGCGCAUCCACACUGGGGAGCGCCCCUUUGCUUGUGCCCACUGCCCCAAGGCCUUCAGGAGCAGGAGGAAACUCAACAACCACCAGUGUGUCCACAGCAGGGAGAAGCCCUUCACCUGCAGUGAGUGCGGCAAGAGCUUCAGCCGGAAGGACAACCUCAUCUCCCACCAGAGCGUCCACACUGGGGAGAAACCCUUCACUUGCACUGAGUGUGGCAAGAGCUUCAGGCAGAAGGGCAACCUGGUCAGGCACCAGCACAUCCACAAAGGGCAGCGCCGCUAUGUCUGCACUGAGUGUGGCAAGAGCUUCAGCUGGAAGAGCCUCCUAGUCGUUCACCAGCGCAUCCACAGUGGGGAGAAGCCCUUUGCCUGCGGCCACUGUGGCAAGAGCUUCAGCCAGAAGAGCAACCUGGUCAGUCACCAGCGCAUCCACACGGUGGAGAAGCCCUUUGCCUGCACUGAGUGUGGCAAGAGCUUCAGCCAGAAGAGCCUCCUGGACCGUCACCAGCUCAUCCACACUGGGGAGAAGCCCUUUGCCUGCAGCCACUGUGCCAGGAGCUUCAGGGAGAAGAGCCACCUGCUCAGACACCAGCACAGCCACACCGGGGAGCGUCCCUUUGCUUGUGCCCACUGCCCCAAGGCCUUCAGGAGCAAGAGGAAACUCACUGUCCACCAGUGUGUCCACACCGGGGAGAAGCCCUUCACCUGCACUGAGUGCGGCAAGAGCUUCAGCCAGAAGAGGAACCUCAUCUCCCACCAGAACAUCCACACAGGCCAGCGCCCCUUUGUCUGCACGGAGUGUGGCAAGAGCUUCAGGCAGAAGAGCCGCCUGGUUCGUCACCAGAGCAUCCACACGGGGGAGAAGCCCUGUGUCUGCACUGAGUGUGGCAAGAGCUUCAGACAGAAGAGCUGCCUGGUCAGACACCAGCUCAUCCACACUGGUGAGAAGCCCUUUGCCUGCACUGAGUGUGGCAAGAGCUUCAGCCGGAAGAGCCUCCUGGACCGUCACCAGCUCAUCCACAGUGGGGAGAAGCCCUUUGCCUGCACUGAGUGUGGCAAGAGCUUCAGCCGGAAGAGCCUCCUGGACCGUCACCAGCUCAUCCACAGUGGUGAGAAGCCCUUUGCCUGCACUGAGUGUGGCAAGAGCUUCAGCCAGAAGAACCACCUGGUCAGACACCAGCACACCCACAGCAGGGAGCGCCCCUAUGUCUGCACAGAGUGUGGCAAGAGCUUCAGCCAGAAGAACUCCCUGGUUGGUCACCAGCUCAUCCACACUGGGGAGAAGCCCUUUCCCUGCAGCCACUGUGGCAAGAGCUUCAGGGAGAAGAAGAACCUCGUCACCCACCAGCACAUCCACACUGAGGAGCGCCCCUUUGCUUGUGCCCACUGCCCCAAGGCCUUCAGGAGCAGGAGGAAUCUCACUGUCCACCAGUGUGUCCACAGCAGGGAGAAGCCCUUCACCUGCAGUGAGUGCGGCAAGAGCUUCAGGGAUAAGAGCAACCUGUACAGGCACCAGCGCAUCCAGGGCCAUAAGAAACCUUCAGCUGCCCCGAGUGACAGUCAGGGGACAGCUCUUGCCACACUCAGUGCAAGUGAAGGGUUUCUCCCUGGUGUGGAUGUGCUGGUGGUAGAUGAGGUUGCUAUUCCAGCUGAAGCUCUUGCCACACGCAGUGCAGGUGAAGGGCUUCUCCCCAGUGUGGACGCGCUGGUGGCUCAGCAGUUGCUCUUUGCGGUUGAAGCUCUUGUCGCAACCGCGAGGGCGCUGCUCAGCUGCCGCUGUUCCGCCGGUGAGAGGGCGGAAAAGGGCCGCGCCUGCGGGGAGGAGCGGACAGCACAGGUGGGCCCCGAGUGGCCAAUGAGCGUCCCACGCCACGCACGGCAGACUCAGUAUAAAGCUGAGGACGCGGGGUGCCGCGCUCUCUUUGUUGGCGGCCGGGGUCCCCGGAGGCCUCUGGCCGUUCUUCGCCGUGCGCUCCCGAUCCGCGCGUCGGGGAAUCCGACAACUACGAGCUGGUGGCCUCGCUGGGCUGGGCCGCCGUCAAGCCCGAGAUCAUCUGCAAGCUGGAGCGAGAAGAGGCGCCGUGCGUGCCAGACCCCCCCGGGGUGCGGCGGGGGGCAGCAGAGCCCUGGGCCAGCAGCUGAUGAUGUCCAGGCGCAGCAGGAGGCCGAGUCUGUCCAUGAGCAGAUUCCGGCCCCCGCUGCCCUGCUCCCGGGGGUGCACGAGCCGGGCAGGAGGCGGCAGGGGGGUUCAACCUGCAUUCGGGCAGGUGGGAGGAAGGGGCGCCUCUCAGGGCCCCCCCGUCGUCACCCCCUCCCAGCCCCCCGGCCACUGGAGAAGCCCCAGCCCACGUGCCCCAAGUGCAAGAAGAGCUUCAAGCACCGGGCAGCGCUGGCCGUGCACAUGCGGAGCCACAGGGGCGAGCGGCCCUUCAGCUGCACCGACUGCGGCAAGAGCUUCAACCGCAAAGAGCAACUGCUGAGCCACCAGCGCAUCCACACUGGGGAGAAGCCCUUUGCCUGCAGCCACUGUGGCAAGAGCUUCAGGGAGAAGAUCAACUUGAUCAUCCACCAGCGCAUCCACACUGGGGAGCGCCCCUUUGCUUGUGCCCACUGCCCCAAAGCCUUCAGGAGCAGGAGGAAACUCACUGUCCACCAGUGUGUCCACAGCAGGGAGAAGCCCUUCACCUGCAGUGAGUGCAGCAAGAGCUUCAGCCGGAAGGACAACCUCAUCUCCCACCAGAGCGUCCACACUGGGGAGAAACCCUUCACUUGCACUGAGUGUGGCAAGAGCUUCAGGCAGAAGUGCAGCCUGGUCAGUCACCAGCACAUCCACAGUGGUGAGAAGCCCUUUGCCUGCACUGAGUGUGGCAAGAGCUUCAGCUGGAAGAACCGCCUGGUCAGUCACCAGCGCAUCCACACCGGGGAGCGCCCCUAUGUCUGCACAGAGUGUGGCAAGAGCUUCAGCCAGAAGAACUCCCUGGUUGGUCACCAGCUCAUCCACACUGGGGAAAAGCCCUUUCCGUGCAGCCACUGUGGCAAGAGCUUCAGGGAGAAGAAGAACCUCGUCACCCACCAGCACAUCCACACUGAGGAGCGCCCCUUUGCUUGUGCCCACUGCCCCAAGGCCUUCAGGAGCAAGAGGAAUCUCACCAACCACCAGUGUGUCCACAGCAGGGAGAAGCCCUUCACCUGCACUGAGUGCGGCAAGAGCUUCAGCCAGAAGAGGAGCCUCAUCUCCCACCAGAGCGUCCACACUGGGGAGAAACCCUUCACUUGCACUGAGUGUGGCAAGAGCUUCAGCCAGAAGAGCCUCUUGGACCGUCACCAGCGCAUCCACAGUGGUGAGAAGCCCUUUGCCUGCACUGAGUGUGGCAAGAGCUUCAGCUGGAAGAGCCACCUGGUCAGUCACCAGCGCAUCCACACCGGGGAGCGCCCCUAUGUCUGCACAGAGUGUGGCAAGAGCUUCAGCCAGAAGAGCCACCUGCUUGGUCACCAGCACACCCACACUGUGGAAAAGCCCUUUGCCUGCAGCCACUGUGGCAAGAGCUUCAGGGAGAAGAAGAACCUCGUCACCCACCAGCGCAUCCACACUGGGGAGCGCCCCUUUGCUUGUGCCCACUGCCCCAAAGCCUUCAGGAGCAAGAGGAAACUCACUGUCCACCAGUGUGUCCACACCGGGGAGAAGCCCUUCACCUGCAGUGCGUGCGGCAAGAGCUUCAGCCAGAAGAGGAACCUCAUCUCCCACCAGAACAUCCACACAGGCCAGCGCCCCUUUGUCUGCACUGAGUGUGGCAAGAGCUUCAGCCGGAAGAGCAGCCUUAUCUACCACCAGCGCAUCCAGGGCCAUAAGAGACCUUCAGCUGCCCCGAGUGACAUUCAGGGGACAGGUCUUGCCGCGCUCCCCACACUUGCAGGGCUUCUCACCAGUGUGGACCCACUGGUGGCUGGUGAGGCUCUUCUUGUGCCCGAAGGCCUUGGGGCAGCGGGGGCAGCUGAAGGGUUUCUCCCCGGUGUGGAUGCGCUGGUGGCUGAUCAGGUUGUUUUUCUGCCGGAAGCGCUGGCCACAGCGCUCACAGGCAAAGGGCUUCUCCCCGGUGUGCAGGCGCUGGUGGCUCCGCAGGCUCUGCCUCUGGCUGAAGCUCCUGCCGCAGGCAGCGCAGGCGAAGGGGCGCUCCCCGGUGUGGAUGCGCUGGUGCUUGAGCACGUGGUCCCUCUCUCUGAAGCGCUGGCCACAGUGGCCACAGGCAAAGGGCUUCUCACCCGUGUGCACGCGCUGGUGGCUCUGCAGUUGAUUCUUGUGACUGAAGCACUUGCCACAGUCGGCACAGGCGAAGGGUUUCUCACCCGUGUGGAUGCGCUGGUGUCUGACCAGGUUGAACUUCUGCCGGAAGCGCCGGCCGCAGUGGUCACAGGCAAAGGGCUUCUCCCCGGUGUGCACACGCUGGUGGCUCAGCAGGUUGUGUUUGUGGCUGAAGCUCUUGCCGCAGUCGGAGCAGGUGAAGGGCCGUUCGCCCACGUGGACGCGCUGGUGCUUCAUCAAGUGGUUCUUCUCCCUGAAGCGGUGGCCACAACGGUCACAGGUGAAGGGCUUCUCACCCGUGUGCACGCGCCGGUGGCUCAGCAGUUGAGUCUUGUGGCUGAAGCUCUUGGUGCAGUCGGGGCAGCUGAACGGCUUCUCACCCGUGUGGAUGCGCUGGUGGCUGACCAGGUUGUGCUUCUCCCCAAAGCGGUGUCCACAGUAGCCACAGCUGAAGGGCUUCUCCCCCGUGUGCCGGCGCCGGUGGCUCAUCAGGUGAUGCUUGUGGCCAAAGCACUUGCCACAGUCAGCACAGGCAAAGGGCUUCUCCCCUGUGUGGACACGCUGGUGGCUCAGCAGUUGCUCUUUGCGGUUGAAGCUCUUGCCGCAGUCGCGGCAGAGCCCGAUGAGGAGCGGGAGCCCGCCGGGCCCCGGGGAGCAGAGCGAGGCCCCCGGGGGGAGCCCGUUGGCGUGGGCGCCAGCUCGGGGCUGUCCCCAAGCUGCGGCGCUGGCGCUGGGGCGGCCAGGAGAGAGGGGGGCAAGCGGGGAGAGCCCCGCCGUGCUCGUGGCGCUGCCGGUGCCGGGCCAGGCAGCGCCCCCCAGUCCUGCCUGAGCCGGGUGUGCUUGUGGCUGCAGAUGGCGGUGACGUUCGAGGACGUGGCCCUCUACUUCUCCCCCGAGGAGUGGGCAGAGCUGGCGGGCUGGCAGCGGCGGCUCUACCGGGAGGUGAUGCUGGACAACUACGAGCUGGUGGCCUCGCUGGGCUGGGCCGCCGUCAAGCCUGAGAUCAUCUGCAAGCUGGAGCGAGAAGAGGCGCCGUGCGUGCCAGACCCCCCCGGGGUGCGGCGGGGGCAGCAGAGCCCUGGGCCAGCAGCUGAUGAUGUCCAGGCGCAGCAGGAGGCCGAGUCUGUCCAUGAGCAGAUUCCGGCCCCCGCUGCCCUGCUCCCGGGGGUGCACGAGCCGGGUGGGAUGCAGGGAGACCCAUCAGGGCAGCCCCUCCUGGAACCCCGGCCACUGGAGCAGAAUUCCACCACGUGCCCUGAGUGCGACAAGAGCUUCAAGCACCGGGCAGCGCUGGCCGUGCACAUGCGGAGCCACAGGGGCGAGCGGCCCUUCAGCUGCACCGACUGCGGCAAGAGCUUCAACCGCAAAGAGCAACUGCUGAGCCACCGGCGUGUCCACACAGGGGAGAAGCCCUUUGCCUGUGCUGACUGUGGCAAGUGCUUUGGCCACAAGCAUCACCUGAUGAGCCACCGGCGCCGGCACACGGGGGAGAAGCCCUUCAGCUGUGGCUACUGUGGACACCGCUUUGGGGAGAAGCACAACCUGGUCAGCCACCAGCGCAUCCACACGGGUGAGAAGCCGUUCAGCUGCCCCGACUGCACCAAGAGCUUCAGCCACAAGACUCAACUGCUGAGCCACCGGCGCGUGCACACGGGUGAGAAGCCCUUCACCUGUGACCGUUGUGGCCACCGCUUCAGGGAGAAGAACCACUUGAUGAAGCACCAGCGCGUCCACGUGGGCGAACGGCCCUUCACCUGCUCCGACUGCGGCAAGAGCUUCAGCCACAAACACAACCUGCUGAGCCACCAGCGUGUGCACACCGGGGAGAAGCCCUUUGCCUGUGACCACUGCGGCCGGCGCUUCCGGCAGAAGUUCAACCUGGUCAGACACCAGCGCAUCCACACGGGUGAGAAACCCUUCGCCUGUGCCGACUGUGGCAAGUGCUUCAGUCACAAGGAUCAACUGCAGAGCCACCAGCGCGUGCACACGGGUGAGAAGCCCUUUGCCUGUGGCCACUGUGGCCAGCGCUUCAGAGAGAGGGACCACGUGCUCAAGCACCAGCGCAUCCACACCGGGGAGCGCCCCUUCGCCUGCGCUGCCUGCGGCAGGAGCUUCAGCCAGAGGCAGAGCCUGCGGAACCACCAGCGCCUGCACACCGGGGAGAAGCCCUUUGCCUGUGAGCGCUGUGGCCAGCGCUUCCGGCAGAAAAACAACCUGAUCAGCCACCAGCGCAUCCACACCGGGGAGAAACCCUUCAGCUGCCCCCGCUGCCCCAAGGCCUUCGGGCACAAGAAGAGCCUCACCAGCCACCAGCGGGUCCACACUGGUGAGAAGCCCUGCAAGUGUGGGGAGCGCGGCAAGACCUGCGGCCAGAAGCAGCAGCUGAAGAUCCAGCCGCAGAUUCACCGGGACCCGCGGGCGAUGCCGGAGGGCGGCGGUCGGGAGCCAGGGGGGCCAUCCCCGGCAGGGGGGGCGGGUGGAGGAGAAGCGCUUCCAGUGCAGCAGCCUCAAGAAGCGUUUUUGGGAUGAGGAGCUGGUGCUGGGUCACAGCGCCCCCACGGCACCCCCGGCCUGCGGCCGCCUCCGCAGCCCAGCGCCCCGAGGCUGCCCCGAGGGGCCGGGGUGGCUGUGGGGGUGUCCUGUUUUGCCUGGGAUAGAGUUAAUUUACUUUUGUUCCUAGUAGCUGGUAUAGCGCUGUGUUUUGGAUUUGAAGUGGGAAUAUGACAGAAUAUGAUUUGAUAAUAUUACUCGUCCUGAGAGUAAUCCGGUAGUUGUACUCAGCAUCGUUGUCAUCUCCAGAGCUUGGGAGCCAUCCUUGGCACGUUCCAGCCACGGCGCUGUGUCUCCUGGAUGUGCCUCUGGUCCUGUUUAGGGCCAAACGACUAUUUGAAGAUAUCGGGCGCAGCUCUGCCUCGUGCUGGACAGUUAUGGGCGGCAGCGUGUGCCGGGGGCGAGGACAUCAACAGAGGAAGUACCGGGAUAACUUAGAAAGGCUUCAAAGCACUGGGUCGGUCAGUUCAUGGGACGGGAGCACAAGAGAUAUUUGCCUCAGUUCCUGUGCUACUGGGAUGGAUGAGGAGCUAAAUAAAGAGAGGAGCAGAAAAGCCCAUCUCAUCAACGGGUGGCUUAAGGAGUGGUGUCACCGUCAAAAUUUUGGGUUUUUUGACCAUGGGGCAAACUCCGCGGUACCUGGUCUCCUCAAAGCAGAUGGGCUUCAUCCUUCUAGGGAGAGCAGGAGGACUAUAGCCCAUAAGUUGGCGGGGCUGAUCAGGAGGGCUUUAAACUAGGUUUGAAGGGGGAAGGGAUUGAAACUGGGCUCUCCAAAGAUCAGCCUAAGGAUGGAAAGCCUGAAUUAAGAGGGAAAUCAGCAGCCCACUCGCAGUGCAUGUACACUAAUGCACGCAGUAUGGGCAACAAACCAGAGGAGCUGGAAGCCAUGGUGCAGCAGGAAAGCUAUGACAUGGUUGCCAUCACAGAAACAUGGUGGGGUGACUCUCAUGACUGCAGUGCUGCUGUGUUGGCUACAAGCUCUUCAGAAAAGACAGGCAGGGUAGGAGAGGCGGAGGGGUGGCUUUGUAUGUUAGAGAGUCACUCGGCUCUGUUAAACUGGAGGUCAGCAGUGACAAGGCUGAGUGCCUGUGGACCAGAAUCAGGGGGAAGUCCAACAAGGCUGACAUCCUCGUGGGUGUCUGUUACAGACCACCCAACCAGGACAAUGAAGGAGAUGAAUUAUUCUACAAGCAGCUGGCAGAUGUCUCAAAAUGGACGGCCCUUGUUCUUGUGGGUGACUUUAACCUGCCGGAUAUCUGCUGGGAGCUCAGUACUGCACAGAAGAGGCAGUCUAGGAAGUUCCUAGAGUGUACAGAGGACAAUUUCCUUCAUCAGCUGGUAAAUGAGCCCACCAGGGGCAAGACCCCGCUAGACCUGCUGUUCACAAACAGAGCAGGGCUGGCGGGAGAUGUCGUGGUUGGAGGCCGCCUGGGGCAUAGCGACCAUGAAAUAAUAGACUUCUCCAUACUCAGAGAUGCAGGGAGAACCAUUAACAAAACCUCUACGCUGGACUUCCGCAGGGCAGAUUUUUGCCUAUUCAGAAGUCUAGUUCAGAGCAUACCCUGGGAAACAAUGCUUGAAAACAAGGGGGCCCAGGAGGGUCGGACGCGCUUCAAGCAGGUUUGAGUGCACAGGACCAGGCUGUACCAGUGUGCCGAAAGGCUCGCCGGCGGGGAAGACAACCGGCUUGGCUAAACAGGGAGAUUCUGAAUGAAAUCAGAAAUAAAGAGAGACUUUACCGACUGUGGAAAAAA